GCAUAAAUGAGCCACAGCCACUGCCGUACUUGACGGCUGUACUGUUGCUGUUCGCGAACAUUCGCGUGCUGUUCAUUCAAAGUGGGCUGUAAGCAGCUCUGUAAAAUAAUCACUGACACGCAUAUCUGAACAGUCCCGGAUAAAAAGGACAUAUAGUGGGCAGCACAAGAUGAGGCUGCGGUGGAGCUGGACGUGCUUUUUCCUGCUCUCCGUCGCCGUGGUAGUCUGGGCAGAGGUCGAUGAGGCAGAAGAAGAGGACGAGGCUUUCGUGGAAGAUUCAGAAGAGACGGAGGCCGCUGAGGCAGAUGCUAACGUGUCCUUCCAGGUAACAUACAAGACGCCAGUUCCCACAGGAGAGGUGUUUUUCGCCGAGACGUUUGAUGAUGGCUCAAUGGGACGGUGGCACCUGUCUAAAACUAUGAAAGAAGAUGUGGAUGAUGACAUUGCCAAAUAUGAUGGCAAAUGGGAAGUGGAGACUGUAAAGGAAAACAAGGUGCCUGGAGAUUUGGGUCUGGUUCUGAAGUCUCGGGCAAAGCACCAUGCCAUUUCUGCCAUGUUGGACAAACCGUUUGUUUUCGAAGACAAGCCGCUGGUUGUUCAAUAUGAGGUGAACUUUCAAGAUGGCAUUGACUGCGGAGGUGCUUACAUCAAGUUGCUGAGUGACUCGGCAGAUCUAGAUUUGGAGCAGUUUAACGACCGUUCACCAUAUAGCAUUAUGUUUGGGCCAGACAAAUGUGGUGAGGACUACAAGCUGCACUUCAUAUUUAGGCACAAGAACCCGCUUAACAAUGACCUGGAGGAGAAGCAUGCCAAGAGGGCAAAUGUAGACCUGAAGAAGUUCUAUACAGAUAAGAAGACUCACCUCUACACCUUAGUGCUCAACGCUGACAACACCUAUGAGAUUUUCGUCGACCAGUCAAGCGUGAACCAGGGAAGCCUCCUCAACGAUGUCGUUCCUCCUGUCAAUCCACCGAAAGAGAUUGACGAUCCCAAAGACCGUAAACCAGAGGACUGGGAUGAGAGGGCUAAAAUCCCGGACCCAGAGGCGAUGAAGCCAGACGACUGGGAUGAGGAGGCCCCAGCCAUGAUUGAGGACCCCAGCGGAUUGAAGCCAGAGGGCUGGUUGGACGACGAGCCGGAGCUGGUGCCCGACCCCAGCGCUGAGAAGCCCGACGACUGGGAUGAGGAAAUGGACGGAGAGUGGGAGGCCCCCCAGAUCCCCAACCCCGCAUGUGAGCUGGCCAUAGGGUGUGGAGUCUGGAAGCCUCCCAUGAUGAACAACCCCCACUACAGGGGCAAGUGGAAGGCACCUCUUAUUGAUAACCUCAACUUCCAGGGGACGUGGAGUCCCCGUAAGAUCCCCAACCCAGACUUCUUCGAGGACCUGCAUCCUUUCCGUAUGAGCGCCUUCAGGGCGGUGGGCCUGGAGCUGUGGUCCAUGACGUCGGACAUCUACUUUGACAACUUCAUCAUCACCUCGGAGAAGGCCGUGGCUGACCGGUGGGCGUCAGACAGCUGGGGGCUCAAGAAGCUGGUGGCCAGUGCCAAUGAGCCCGGCAUGCUGAAUCAGCUGGUGCUGGCUGCAGAGGACCGGCCGUGGCUGUGGAUCAUUUACAUCCUGACCGUGGGACUCCCCAUCGGCCUGGGGGUGCUGUUCUGCUGGCCAAAGAAGGCAACAGAUGACUAUACCUACAAGAAGGUAGACCCACCCAAAGAGGCAGACGAAGAAGAAGAAGAGGAGGAGGAGGAGGAGGAAGAGCAGGCUGAGGGAGAUGUGGAGGGAGAAGGAGAAGGAGAAGAAGGAGAGGAGGAUGAGGCAGAGGAGGAUGCUGAAGCUGAGCCUGAAGCUGCUGAGGCCAAGGGAGAUUUGGAGGAGAAGCUUGAUGAGGCGGAGGCAGCUGCUGGAGAGGCUGCAGGUGACGUCCCCGACGGAGAAGAGGAGGACGAAGCCACCAAGUCCAACGACACGGCAUCAGAUGAUGAGAUGAAGGAGGCAGAUGAGGGAGCCCAAAGCACUGGAGACGGACUCAAUAAACAGGCGGUCAGGAAACGCAGAGUACGGAAGGACUGAAGGACCGAAGGACUGGCUGACGGCGAAAACACUUAGCUCACUGCUACCUCCUCCCUCCCCUCCCCUCCCGCUCCUCUAGGCAUGUCUCUGGUGGAUUCUCAUGUCUGCCCAACUGCAUGCAGGCUUUCUGUUUAUCCCCCCCUCCCCUUCUCUCCUUCCUUUCCCCUUUCCUCCUGGAUUCUGUCGGCUCCAUCCUUUCAGCUUCCUCCUUCCAUCCCGCUGUACUCCUUCCCGGUGUCUCUCCCCCCCCCCCCCCCCUUUCCAGUCUUCCUGCUCAGAUAGAAGUUCUCCUAUAAGGUGUUGAGAUUUAUCCUUCAGUCGGAAUUUACCACCAACAAUUGAAUUUCAGUUUCUCUACGAUAUUGUGAGAUCCACAAUCUGGUAAAUGGAUGAAAUGGCACAUUUUAGGAUAAAUAAUACUUAAAUAAAUGUAAAAAAAAAAAAAAAAAAAAAAGGUAGCGAA